UCUGUUGUUUCUUGUCUACUUUAAGUCAGCCUAUCCUCAGACCAUAGGCCGUUGUGGUGAUACUGGACUUCUACGACAAUGGCCUCCCCACAGCAACCAAGGAGAUCCCUGCAGUAUGGUCAGCUUCUUAAGUCGGAAGUACCAGCUCGAGAAAGAAGGUUUGUACUCGACUGUAUCGCAGUGGACUCCAUUGCUAGAGACUAUAACUGUUCUUUGCCGAAAUUGGGGUCAAUUAUUCCGCCUUAUAAUGGUCAAAAAGAUAAACACACCACAGCCUACUUCAGAUCCAAGCCUGUCCCUCCACUGCUCAGCAAAACAGGCCAAGCUAACGGAGGCACGUCUAUAAUGGGAAAGCUAUCUGACCGCUUCCAGUACAGAGGAGCAGCCGCCCUUUAUUUGUCCACUAGGAACAAUGUUGGCGCAGGUCACUCAGUAGAAGAAGUAGGAGGUCACAGCCUAUUUUUAACAUCCCUGAAACCAGUUCCAGGAUAUAAUGGUCUCCAUGGUUACAGGAGAAACACCUACUCGUUAAGAACAUGUCCUUCAACCUUUGGGCUUGUAACUCACCUUCCGUUACAUUAGGAGCUGCUGAUUUGUUAUAGCCUGACAUUUUGAAGAAGAUAUAUUCAGAUCAUGUGUCAUUAUUGGUUUGUAGUGUUAUGAAGGAAAAAUUAGACAUUUAAUUCUGGAUGCACACAGAUUGUGUUGAUAUGUUUCACAAAUACCUUUCAACAGCUAUGUUAAUCCUGCUGCUUUAAUAAUGAAUUUGGCUAAGACUACAAUUCAUAAAGUGGGAUGGUACACUAAGCAUGGAGUUGUUUUCAUAAUUAUUAUCUAAAUACUUACAUAUUGUUAUUUAAACUGGUAACUUAAUACUGUAUUUCACCUGUGGCUUGACAUUUAUUUUAUUUAGUUUUUUUUUUUUUGCAUUACUUCUCUUCAGUAUUUGCUAGAUUGAAUUUCAUCUGUUU